AUGCGUUCUUUUACGCAUGAAAAUCGAAUUUUGCGGUGGUUGCUGGUUGUUGUGACAUUGCUGACAGUCCUUCAAGUUCCAGAACUGCUGGGGGAAAAUUUAUUGAAUGGAGCAAGACUGGGCACGUUUCCAAAACCGGACUUUCGAACCAAUUUUACCCUUAAGUCAAACCAGGGCUCUGGUUCAUACAAGGAGAUUCGUCAUGGGCUAAAUUCGGAUCCAUUUUAUGUGCGAGUCUUUGCAAGGCCCACAGACGGGAACAACAGUGGUUUUUGCUUUAACGGAAUAGGCUCCAGUCAGUCUUCUCCGUCAAGAAGCUCUUUUGGAGGCUUGAUAUUUGCGUACAACUCAGAUUUCGUUCGCAUAUGGGCUCCGUCAGAUCUUAAAGGCCAUGUGGUGUUCGUGAAAGACGGAUGGGGAGGUGAAGUGAACACCCAACUGUCGAACGAAGCCGAAGUUGUUGUCGAAGUAUGGAAGGACGGACCGGUGCCUACAUUUCAAAUUGAACACAUUAUUGACACACGGACGAAAGAACCAAACAAGGCGUACCUACUAAUAGAUCAUGAAUUGAGACAGUUACCGGAAAGAGUUGUUGUCAGAUUGUCGCCCCUAGAGACAAGUGAUGCGGAAAGAAACCCAAAUAAAGGAUUUUGGUUCCAUGGAAUCGCUUCAUCCCAAAAUCCUGAUCCAAGUAACAACUUUGGCGGGGUAAUAUUCGCUUAUAACGAAAGAUGGGUUCGUUUAUGGGCUCCUGAUGGACUUAACCAAACCACUGGAUGCAUUUCUAUCGGUGAAGAAUGGGCAGGGGGAUUCAAUUCACAAAGAGUUAAAAAAUGUAAGGUGGAGAUUUUGCUUUGGGCAAAUCAGCUUCCUGUCCCAACUUUUCAGUCAGAUUGGUUUGGCCUUAGAGGUCAGAGAGAUCAACAUUCAUUUGCAGAAAUUUAUCAUGGUUUGAAAAUAUUACCAUCUCUUGCCAUUGUGCAAAUUAAAGCAUUGAACGAUAUGAAUAUUGGCUAUGUAUUUGAAGCGCAAGGUGCAACACAGUCAGACGAUGAUGGUUUUAAUGAAUAUGGUGGAGUGGUUUUUGCCUAUGAUGAGAACAAGGUCCGAAUUUGGGCACCAAGCAAACACGAUGAGUCAAAGAAGGGGUAUCCUAUUCUUGUGAAGGAAGGUUGGGGAUAUGGCUCCAAUAGUCAAAAAGGUGGAUUUGUCAACGUUGAAAUCAGAGUUGUUUUGUAUGCCAGCAAAUGCAAUAGUUCAUCUCAAGUAAUAUUUGAGGGUGACCAUUGUAUUACAGCUCUUUAUGACUCCUACAAGACUCUAUCGUCCUGGUCACAGUGUUCUAGUAUUUGUAAUAAUGGAACACAGAAGAGAACAUUAACAGGUGAAUAUUGUUCUGGGAAAGAUUUCUGUGCGACUUUAUAAUUAAUUAUGCAUACAGUUCUUUGAUAAAACAAUAGCAAACAAAUUAGGACUAGGGUUUUUGCUUUUGAAUUGUAUGGAAAUCUUUCCUUGCUAUAAGAUUUAAACUACUGUAACUGAUACUUGUAAGUUCUCUCCUGACUGAUAUGAAUAUUGAAGGUAUAUAGAAUGAAUGUAAACAUAUACUUCUGUAUGUUAAGAAAUACAUAUCAAAAAAUAUUGGUGCUAAUCAUGGUUAUAUAACUUUACCAAUUGUUUGUUGGAGGGGGCCACUCUCAGUUUUACAUGAAUAAAACCCUUUCCUAGGAUGAUGUCUUACAGUGUCUUUCCCCACCUAAGAGGUUGUAAGACUGCCUGUAAAUAGGCUGGGAAUUAACUCUGAUUACAUUUUAGGACAAUAACCUGUAUUGCACCAGCACCCCAUCUAGAAGAAGUAGCUUAAGAUAUUCUUCUAUUUGGUAACACUUUAAAAGCUGCUUCAAGCAUUGACCAUGUGGGUUUGUGUAAAGACUUCUGUUGGCUAAUUUUAAAUGGCAAAAUUUAGGAUAAGUACUAAUGCUGAUGCUUUGAAUGUGUUUUCUCAUUUCAUCUCUUUUUGCAGGUUGCCAGGUCACAGUUAAAAAACCUGUGUUCCCUUCAUCUUGUGAUUUUGAGAAUGGAAUGUGUGGGUGGACUUCAGCGAUUGGGGGUGGUGCUAAACUAAAAUGGAUUAGAACUAAUACCUCUACUCCUGCCUCAAACACAGGACCUUUGUGGGGACAUCCUAAAGGCUCUUUCUACAUAUACACCAAUACUACAAAUGCUAGAGUGUCUGAUCAAGGUACAUUAUUGUAUUUUCUAAAAGUAGCAAGAAACAGUCACAAGGGGUGAAGAAAAAUGAAUCAAGGAAGUUCAAGUGAAAACAUUACAGUUUUUGUAUUCUUCCAUAUACUGUACCCUUAAAAGAAGAUGUUAUCAGUAAUUGUGGUUCUUUGUUUUCUUGCCCUAGCUUUCUUAACAAGUCCAAAUAUUGGUGGUGCUGGCAAUUGUUACUUGCGAUUCUUCUGGAACAUGUAUGGGAGUGAUGUAGGCACACUUGCUGUGCAUGUUAAUACCAAAGAUCCUCUUUUGACCAUUUAUCCUAAAUGGUCAGAAUCAGGUGAGUGUAAAUACUCAGAUCACUCUCUCAUAAAAUGAAUAAUGAUAGGAUUUCAAUUGUUUCAAUUUCUCAAUUUAUGGUCUUCGUGAAAACUGGGGUGAUGUUAGAAAACCAAGUUGAAUUCUCCUAAGAGAACACCCAACCAACCAUUUUGGGUUGAAACAAAGUUGUUACUGGACCUCUCAGAUUUAAUGUGAUAGUGAACAGAUUUUUUACCCCAAUCAAACCCAAACCCAAAACCAACUUUGAUUUUAUUCCAGGUGUUUCUACACUCACAGAAUACAUUUUGGACAUAAUUUAAUAAACAUAGGUCAGGAAUACUGUAAUAGCAGCCUUAAUAAGUUGAGGGAAGAAAAUGCAGUAUCGGUAUCAAACAACUGCAACAAAAAAUUUAUCAAGUACAAAUAUUUUUUACUAAGAAUGUGAUUGUAAGAAAGCUAUUAUGUGGUACAAGUUUUUAAGGUUUAAGUGUUAUGAUAGGGGCUAAUUGAAACGUGACCACCACAGGGUUAAUUUACCAGAACAUGUGUGUAACCACUCGCCUGAUUUAAAUUGUAUGGAAUAAAUUGCUGAUUUAAAACUGAAAGUUGUCUUCUCCAGAUUUACCAUAUGCAUGUAAACAGGAGGUAUAGUUACAUGGUAAUUUUAAUUUGUUUAUUUUGCAGUUUGGAACAUGACAGGCGAUCAAGGGGACAUUUUCUGGAGGGCUGCAUUUGUACAUCUUGCAGAAUUUAGCAAAAUUUACCAAAUUCGUUUUAUACAUACAUUGCCAGAGAGCAACUGUAAAUCAGAUAAAGCACUGCAGUGUACUAUUUGCAAAAAUAACCAGUGUCCAGCUGCUAAUGCAGCUAUUGAUGACAUUAGGUUAGAUUGUGAGACUAAACAGGAAGUUUUGCCAGUGGAGUCUUGCACUAACAGAUGGCCAGUGUUGUCUGGUUGUGAAAUGAGUGCUGAUAAGCCUUCAUAUAUAGGUAUUGGUGAAAUGGUCAGAGUCAAAUAUUUGUUAAAUGUUAAUAUGUAAAAACUGUUCUGGUCUCUUAGAUGAAGUUUGCACUUUAGAUUUUUACAUGCACUUCAACUGCCCACUCCUUUAGUCAAUUUUCUAUCCUUUCUUUUCUUUUCUUUUCUUAUUGUUUAUUUUUUUCCUUUUCUAUUAUUUCCCUAUCUUUCCUUUUUAGUUCUUUUCAUUGGUUCACUUUAUUUCCUUUCCCUUUCUUUUCUAUUUUUGUUUUUUGUUUUUUGUUCAACCUGCCAACACACUUUCACCAGAGAAAAGGUAUUGGUAAGCAAAAUGUUUCAUAGGAAAGGCAGAACUUAUUUCCAUGAUACAAAACCUUUUAGCUUAACUUUCAGUCUCUUUUUUCAAAUGCUUUACCUACUAAGUAUCAGUUGAAAUAGAUUUUGUGUUAUGUGCAUCUGUUCAGUGAUAGAUCACAGAUGACUAAAAAAUGUGGUAAAAACAAAAAAAAAAUGGCACUUGGGGCGUAGCAGAUUGUGUCACUGAUGUCCUUACGACAUUCCAACUUCUUCUGUGUUCUAUUACGGACUGUACAGAUCCAUGGUAAAAUGAAAUCUAUUUGUUUUAUAUUGAAAUAAGCAUAAUGUUGUUAAUGGUGACAUGGCCUUUGUGUCUACUCUCCAAUAGAUGAUGAGAAAGAACCAAUUGAAUGUGCAUGCAAUUCAGCUGAUCAAAUAGUACACUAUUCUUCAUGAGAGUCAUGCAAGUUUCAUUGUAAUUUCCUUUUUUUUUCUUUUUUUGUGAGGUCCUGCCUUCAGUGUCCAACAUGAUGGCAAAGAAAGCUAUGUAAGAGCCACUGGUUCACAAGAUGACCUGAUAGCCAUUUAUGAAUUUAAGGUAUUGUCCACAGCCAGUUAUGUGGUUUGGAAACAAACAUUUGCCACAACAAAUGCAACAAAUGAUGUCUCCUUUAGAGUUGAUGAGGGAGAUUGGUACGUCUGGCGACUGCCAUAUAAAAGUUCCAGUUCCUUGUGGACUCAGUUUUACAAUCAGGUAUUAAUUUAGAAUAAUUCUGUUCAUUCUUUCAUUUUGCAUGAUACAGGAAAUAACAACAUUUUAUAUUUAAGUUAUCUUUCUUCACUUCCUUUUUUUAGCAAUUCAACCUAAGACCUGGUAUUCAUAAAUUGUCUUUGAGACAAGCAGAGUAUGGUUUCCGUGUAUCCAAACUUGCACUUGUCCCAGUUUUUCUAACAAUGUGGACUGACCUAGGAAUGCAGAGCCGUCAUAUUCCAGAUGCAUUUCUUUCUGCGUUUCCCCGUAGUAAUUUCCCUGAACCAAGAUAUGGAAGACUGCAUGCCAAAGGUUUGAUAUUUUGUAAUUUUGUAAUAAAUUCAAUUCUUUCAUUCCUUUAUCACUCAUAGUCAGGUGGGCUAGGAGACAAAGUAAAUUGGAUUCAACCUAGGUUUAAAAUUUAACAGCAAUAUACACUGCCACAUUAAAAACUACUGUACAUGUAGUUUAAAACAAAUAUAAGGUCAGAAUGAUUGAGAAUAAAUUGAAUACAAUCCUGAUGAAAAGUUCAUGGAAUACUUAAAUAAGAUAUAAUUAAAUAACCUUGUUUGUGAAUAGAAAUAGAAAAACGGUAAAUUUUUGAGCGCAGUAAAGAAAUAGAGAAAGGCUUUUUUUUUGUCUUGUCACAAGUGUGGGACAAAGAAAAAAUUCUGAGUCCCCAUCGAAGCUCAGACCCUCAGUGUUGUGAGGGGGUUAAGGAGGAGCAAGACAGCAUUGUAAAAAGAAUAACAGGGUAAUUAAGUAGUAUUAACUGAGUUGAUAACAUAAAUUGGCCACCGUAAAGAGUUUUAAAGCUGAUGUUUCGAGCAUUAGCCCUUCAUCAGAGCCAAUGGUUGGCCCUGACAAAGGGCUAACACUUGAAAUGUCAGCUUUGAAACUCUUGAUGGUGGCUAAUUUAUGUUUUCGACUCAGUUGAUAAUACUCUACUACCCAGUUAUACUCUCCUAUUGACACAGCACCACAGUUUCUUUAGAAACCUAUCUCCUUUAUAGAAAAAAGUGUCACAGUGCUGUUAAUUUUGUGGGAGCCAGAGUGGGAAUGUCUCUAGAAGUGGCCAAGACUUAAAAAUAAUAAAGAAUAUAUAAAUAAUCUGUACUUCAUUUGUUAGGGAUACAUGUACAUGCAAUGAUAUUGAUAAUUUCAAACAAGGCUGGCAUGAAAAUCAAGCUUGUUUGGUUGAUUUAAAAAUUUCAACUUUGAUGAUUCUUUGAAAGAAUUGAAAACAUUUAGGGGAUUUUCAACAGCAAUAAUAAUGCAAAACUUCAAUCUGUAGAGAUACAUGUAUAUGAUUACAUCUUAGUCGUUACAUCUUUCAGAUGCUUGGUGUUCAUCAGACAGCAACAAGGGAUAUGUGUACUUCCAGAUUGAACUGCCUCAGUUAGCGCUUUUGUCUGGAAUAUCGGUACAAGGAGGAAAGGAUAUAUUACAGAAGUCAAAUAAUUACUGGGUUUCAAGGUACAUUUACAUGUGCUUUUAAUUAAGGGUGUAGUUUGAGUGCUACUAAUACAAGUUUAGAGAAGAUCGCCACAGUAACAACAAUGUAGCACAGUCAAUUGUAAUCUUGGCAUUGGGUUUGUAACAGUAUUGUUAGUAGCUGUUGGGAGAUCAGUCAAGGUCAUGUUAUAGGCUAAGUGUUUGUAUGCUGCAAAUGACCUGAAAAGUACCAGACUGUAAUUUGACUGAUGAAAUACAUACAUGUAACAAGGUAAAAAUUUCUCCAGUCCAAAGCUGGACUGGGCUUUUAAUUUCUAUAGUAUAAAUGAAAGUAAUUUCUACAUGUGGCUGCUCCUUGGUUACUUUGUCCUUUAUUAAUCUUUUAGUUUCAGAAUGAAGGUUUCCCUGGAUAGUGUCAGAUACACUUGGUACAGGGAUACCCAUGGCAGGCGGACAUUUACAGCCAACAAAGGUAAUGACUAAAAUGAUAGAGAGUAACCAGCAAUGAACUACCAAAUGCAGCAAGUACUCAUGUACACAUUCAUGUACAUCAUACUCUUGCUGUGAAUUUGGGCGUGUUUUAUGUGCAUUUUUUGGUUAACGUACAUCUGAGCGGUACUGUACAUGUAGUUCAUCAAACCUAUGUGUAGUUAUUUGGUAUUUGAUAUUUUCAAUGUCAGUUAUUUUCAAAAUACAGAUGCGUCAAGAAUAGUUAAUCACACUUUGGAGUUUGCCAGCCCAGUUCGUGGAGUGAGGAUAUAUCCUUGGGACUGGGCAUACUGGAUAUGUUUGCGAACUGAACUCUAUGGAAUUUACCUGAGUAGUGAAGUUUGUGCCAAUCCUGGCCCAGCUGAAGGGAUGAGCAGGUCAUGUGUGGGCGAUAGGGACUGUGGUCUGAAUGCUGAGUGCAAACUGCCAGAUGCAUCAAAGAUGCAGAAAAAAGGUACAACUUGCUAGAUAAUAAAAAUAAAGAAAUGAUACUGUGCUCUCCAUGCUGAAGGUUAGGAAAUCUUCUCAUGCCUCACAUUAUAGGGAAAUUGGUAUAAAUCACUGAUGAUGAACCUCGGGAUGUGUGAGGUCAUAAAUGAAGUAAGUUUGUCAUGUGGUAACUGUGCUGCUAUUAGAUCAUCCCAAACCUGAUUGAUUAAUUCUUGUCUUAUUGAUGUUGUUUUCUUGUUAGCAAAUUAAACCACAGUGUAUUUUGAAGGUUUUGUUCCAUCAGACAAAAAUUUCUUAUGUGCCAAACAGACUGCCAAUUGUUUUCCCUUGAUUGAAAUGGGUGUACCACAAAUGUAUGUUGCAUGUUUUAAUACAGUUUGUUUUUCUUCGACUAGUCUCAGAUAACAACGUGAAUCAGUUUAAUGAAUCUUGUGGCUGUUUGCAUGGUUACCAUGGCAUCAGCUGUCAACACUAUGGAUGUUCAUCAAAUCCUUGCCUGAAUGAUGGGAAAUGUUCAGAGGGGAAUGACACCUUUCAUUGUACCUGUCAACCCAGUUACCAUGGAGACACCUGUCAGCACUCAUGUGAAGAGGGUUACUAUGGCUUCAACUGUAGUCAGAAGUGUUCGUGCCAAAAUGGUACAUGUGAUGGAGUAACUGGACAUUGCAGCUGUGAACGUGGAUAUCAUGGGAGAUACUGUGAACUGGGCUGCAGCCCUGGUUAUUUUGGCUACAACUGUGUCCAGCAGUGUCAGUGCAGAAAUGGUGAAGUGUGCCAUCCUGUGACAGGGGUGUGUGACUGCACAGUGGGUUGGAGAGGGGCAUUGUGUGAUAAGCCUUGUGUGUUGAAUACAUGGGGAAAGAACUGCUCGUUAAACUGUUCAUGUCAAGAGUCUGCCAAAUUUUGUGACAGGUUCACAGGGGAAUGCAUCUGUUUACCAGGAUAUUUUGGAAAGUAAGUGAAAGCUGUUUUUUAUGUAAUACUAUGUACAUGUAUGACUGCUGAUAAGUGCAGUAUAUUGGUUUAUUGCACAUAUGUUACCACCAGAUAUGUCAGUAUCAGCAAGGUAGCAUAGUAUUGUGAAGAGAAUUAUUAUCAUGCCAAGAAACAAUUUAUGUCAGGUCUACAAUGAGUUAAGUUAGAAGUGAACCUUAGGAUGUCUGUUUGUGUUUUGCUGAAAACUGCACUUUGUCAAAACGUGCCAUAGAAGUUUUCUUUUGUAUUUCGUCUGUGAUCAACAGUAAUUUGUUCCACUUCAAUUCAAGAUUGAUGUGAAUGCACACCAUAAACAAAAAUUACCCAGAGAGGGAUGUACAUGUACACUUAAGAAAAGUUUGUACUGUAUGUAGACUAACAAGUUUGCCAAUAUUUGAAACAGGAAAUGCCAGUAUCCUUGCCCUGUAGGAACAUAUGACUACAACUGUAGUGGCAGUUGUCAAUGUCAACAUGAUGCAAAUUGUUCCAGUGAGGAUGGCACUUGUAAUUGUACCCAGGCAGGGUGGACUGGGGUACUGUGUGAUCAGCCUUGCCCAGGAGGAUACUAUGGUGUUAACUGUUCCCAAAAAUGCAGGUGUCAGAAAGGGUCAGCUUGUGAUCCAAUAACAGGUAGAGCUGUUUACAUCAAAGGCUUUACUUUGUUCUGUAGUUGGUCUUGAUUACUCAUGCUACCUCUCAACCAACAAGGCAAUAAAAUGUUACUGAUAAUGAAUUAGUCACUUACAUUUGACUACCUUGAUACAUUCUCAUGUAAACUUGCAUUUACCAAAGUGGUCAGAAAGAGCCAGUGGUCUGCUAGUCUCUAAACUGAAGUUGCCUUUGUUUGCCUCAAUUUACUAGAAGUAUUUAUAAAAUAUAGGAUCAAUGAAAUACCAUCUGAGAAACUUUUGCAGCUGCUAGUGUAGAUGUGUGAAUCAAUUUCAUAGUCAUCAUUUUCUCUGAGGUUCUUGCAAACUUUGUGCAACAUUUUGACAGAAUAGUUCCUAGUCUUUUAUGUAAUCUGAAGCAACAAUAGGGCAUCUUUGAUAACCUGGUGCCUACUACCUAUAUCUUGUAUGCCUUCUUCUUUCAAACUUAUCCACAGCCUUGGAUAUAUGUUCACUUUGUUUUAAUUGGCAGUUUUGAUUGCUUUAGUAUUGGUUCAGUACCUUUAACUUUUGUCCUUCUUAUCAUAGGAUCUUGCAUUUGUGGUAGUGGCUCUUCAGGUCUGCUCUGUGACAAAACUUGUAGUCAAGGGUACUGGGGUAAAAACUGUACAAUUGCAUGCUCCUGUGUUAAUGGUGCAUUCUGCAAUCCUGUAAAUGGACAGUGCAAAUGUGAGAAUGCAGGUGGCUGCCAGUGCAAUCCUGGUUGGACUGGCUCCAACUGCACUGUGCCUUGUGGCAAUGGUUCUUGGGGAGGAUCUUGUAACAAUACCUGUUUAUGUGGACCCAAAGGAGUGUGUAAUCAGGUAAGGGGUCUUCUACAAAAGUUAAAUCACAAUGAUAAAGAUGUUAUUAUAAGUGCUACAUAAUUUGAUUAUUUUCUUAUCACAUCAAGUUGAAGCUACGUGUAGGAGAGUGACACAACCUGUUUAUCAAUAAUACAAUUGAGUUAUCUUGUUUUUGUUAAAUAGAGUAAUGGAAACUGUCACUGUCUGCCUGGUUACACAGGCUCCAAAUGUGACCACCUUUGCCCACAAGACCACUAUGGUCAAAACUGCACCUACAAAUGCAAUUGCUCCUCUUCAUCAUCUCGUGGUUGUGACCCCCACACUGGCAGCUGCAUCUGCAAACCAGGCUUCGUAGGACCACUCUGCAAUAUCCCGUGCUCAGCAGGCCAGUGGGGCACUAACUGUUCCCAGUCCUGCUAUUGUGUGAAUGGCUCUUGUCAUCCUAUGUCUGGAAACUGCACUUGCAAUCGAGGUUGGAAGGGGCUGCUAUGUGACCAGGCCUGCCCUAGCUGUGGUCAGCCAUGCCCCACUUGUCACCAUAGUAAUGGUUCCUGUGAUCAGGCCUUGGGGAAGUGCAUCUGUUUUCCAGGCUACCAGGGAAGCUCAUGUUUGGAACCUUGCAGUGCAGGCUACUUUGGUGAGAAUUGUCAGAGGAAAUGCAACUGUGCGAAUGGUGCACUUUGUCAUCACGUGACUGGGGAGUGUCUGUGCAAACCUGGGUGGACAGGAAGCCGAUGUGAAAAACGUUAAGUAUUGCCGUUCAUCACUUUUAGUUUUAGUGUCAUUAUUGAUUUUGGUUGAGCUAAAUAGGAGGCAAAUCGACGUUACGGUUCUUCAAAAGCCUGGUGCUAUACAGAUAUCUGUCAAUUUAUAAUUGUAGUCUUUUGUGAACGAAUGAUUUAUAGCUGCACAUUUUUAUCCACCCGUAAGGGCUGGUUGGCAUUUCUCAGGUAUUUUUUUCUCGAAACUUGGCUAGUUUUUCGUAUAGUCAGAUUUCAUUUAAUUUGGAACAAGGAAGCUUUCAUAAACGCGAAGCAAGAUAUUAAUUGCAUAGUUACAGCAUGUUCAAUUAAUCCUUUAACUCCCAAAAGUGAUUAACACGUAACUUUUCCUUAUGAUAUCCAUACACUAUCCAGAAAAAAAAGCUAUGAGAAUACUCAAACUUAUCAGGUUGAUCUAAAACCAAAUUCUUAUAACUUAUUUGCGAGGAAAUGCGUAGAAGCUAGAGAGGAGAAUUAACAAUUGGAUCGUGGGAGUUUAAGGGUUAGCUCUUUGAAACACCAGGGAUUAAAAGACAUUUCUUUGUUACCAGGUUGUCCUCAAGGUUUAUUUGGAAUGAAUUGUACCCAGUCCUGCUCCUGCGUUCGUGGAACUUGCAAUCCUCACGACGGAACCUGUGAAUGUCCACCCGGUUACUAUGGUUACCUGUGCGACAAUCCAUGCCCCAGUGGAUGGCAUGGCCCAGGGUGUGGUCUUAAGUGUCUUUGUGGCAAUGGUGCUGCCUGCGAUCAUCAAACAGGACAAUGUAGAUGUUCCCCUGGCUGGACAGGUUUGACGUGUCAACAAUCCUGCUUCAACGUUUCCACCGUUGUUGGCUUUUUCGGAGCAAACUGCUCGGAAAGGUAUUUCUUAGAAUCUAAAAGAAGUCUACGGACUACGGAAAGAAGUAAAAGAGUUACUCAGCUCUCGUCUAGGAGACUUCUGGACGAUCGAUGCUGUUAGGACACGAUGUGUUAGCUUUAAUGCUUCUAAUGUCUAAUUUAAUAACGAGAGUGUGAUGGUGACUAGGUAUUUGAUGCUUUUCGAUUCUGGAAAGCAGUGUGGAAGUAACGUGUUUGUAGGUUCCGCACAAUCCAUACAUGAAAUUUUUUUUCUUUUUUUAAAUUUAUUCUGAAUCAGAUGUGUGUGUCCGGGGUCAUGUGAUCCGGUGAAAGGCACUUGCUCUUGUCCAAGUGGAUUCCGAGGUCCGAAUUGCGUCGAGUCCUGUCUUAGGGGGUGGUAUGGACCCAACUGCCUACAAAGGUGCCACUGUAUGAACAGUGCAUCUUGUGAUCACGUGAACGGUACGUGCACAUGUGCGCCAGGAUGGUUUGGGGAGAACUGCACGGAGAGGUGCCCCACGGGCUAUUAUGGAAUGCAGUGUGCCUCCAAGUGCCGGUGCAGUGUCAAUGGUACAGAGGUUUCUACUUGUGAUUCGGUGACGGGGGAGUGCAAUUGUCGACCUGGCUAUAGGGGUUACAAGUAAGAUUCACUUUAUGUUUUGUUUGUUAGAGAUCUGUAGGAACGUUCAAUACUUAGAGUCAAACUUUUACUACUGUCUUUAUAUUUAUGAAGUCAUGACAAGUGCAUUAGUUGCAGUGGUUUUGGACUCGUUACCUUUGACAUCGGGAAGGCCCUGGGUUUUCCGUUUGCGCGUUACUGACUGUUUUCUAAUAGUUAGUACAAAGGACAUUGAGCACUUUUCCGAACAUUUAACAACUCUUCCCCUAAGUAGAAGUGGCUAAUAGAAGACAUUUACUGAGCCGCCAAGCGACGAGGUAAAUAUCCACUGCUAGCCACGGACACCGAGGUAAAUAGUUGUUUUAGUAUUUACUAAUACAGCAAGAUCAUGUUGCGCUAAAAAGGUGAUUUUAUCUUAUUCAUUCCUGCUACGAUUACAAUGUUUUCGGGGUAAAUCCUGCGCUCAAAUGUUCGUAGGUAAACAUCAAAGGAUAUUCGGAGUUUGAGUAGCCACUGUUUUAGUAUAUUCUGAUUCACAUUAGUUUCAGUGAUAUGCUGUGUUUUUUUUUACGAUUAUAUUUAAGUCUUUUUGUUUGUCCAAGGUGCGAAGAGCAAUGUCUUGAAGGGUUUUUUGGCAAAAACUGCAGCCAGCGAUGUAUUUGUGAGAACAGCUACGCUUGUGACUUUACAGAUGGUACUUGCUACUGUAAACCUGGAUAUCACGGACAAACAUGUAAGCUAAGCUGCAGGACAGGUUACUAUGGUAUUAACUGCAAUAAUACGUGCCCGUGUAAAAAAUCAAACACUAAGUCAUGUGACGAGGUUGACGGAAGUUGCACGUGCCUGGACGGUUACACGGGUGUCUUUUGCGAGAGUGUGUGUUCCGACGGUUUUUACGGAAGUAACUGCGUCCAAAGAUGUACGUGCCGAAAUGGUGCUGCUUGUGACCACGUAAAGGGCAAGUGCAGCUGCACGGCUGGAUUUCGAGGUCGAAACUGCGACAAAACGUGUGACGAGGGCAGCUUUGGUGUCAACUGCGCUAACAGUUGCUCAUGUCGAAAUGGCGCGAGUUGUAGUCCUUAUACUGGCGAGUGCUACUGUUUACCUGGCUUCUCAGGCAAUCGUUGUGAAUCUGAAUGCCCUAGUGGCAGGUACGGUAUUCGCUGUGCACAUCCCUGUGACUGUAACCUGGGGAACAGUCCCAAAUGCGACCCCAGCACAGGCAAGUGCAUUUGUGCACGAGGAUUCCAAGGUAUCAGGUGUGAUGAGGUUAGUAUAUUCGUUUUUGUAGUUGUGGUUUAUUAGGAUAACCCUUCUCAUCCUAACAUCAGUAUGGUUCUUCUCCAUAAUUUUCUCAAUAAAUUUCUUUAGGAGCCGACAGGGGGAAUUUGUGUAACAACCAAGAUCUCUUAAGUUGGUGAUCAUUUCUUCUAUUCUCGUGACCUAUCUGUUUGAUCCAGGGGUGAUAUUGUGGGGAGAAAUUAGAUGCUGGUCACUCCCAUGGAUCGAAGGGUUAAAUAUUUUAGAAUUAACUGCAAUUACUCAAGCAAGCACUCCUUUAUGAAAUCAAAUUUCAAGGAAACUGAAGAAGGUAUCGAGCCGUAAGCUACUUUUGUCAUGGCAUUAUGGCAACUAACUUUUUAAAUUUUUGUUCGUAAUGAAAUGUUCUUAAACGAAAGGAGAUCGUCAAAUGACAAGGUACGGGAAUGAGGCUAGGGUAGAGGAAGCUUACCAACCUUAAAAGAAUCUAUUGAAGAAACUGCUCUGCCGGAGCAAGUAUGCAAAUGUCGCCGUAUCUCUUUUCUGUCUUUAUUCUCGUCUGUGCAAAUCUUUCUUGUUUGUUUUCACCUUAAAGAUUCUACAACAUUCCUUUUUUUCCAACCGAGAUUGAAGGGACGUUUUAAAGAUGUCUUGAAUUUGUAAAUUUAGAGUAUGACAUAAACGAUUAAAUUUUACUUUUAAAGAUGUUCUUAAAGUAAGCCACAUUGUCUCUGGCUUUGUUUUUACAGCCUUGUGAUGAUGAUUUCUACGGCGAAGAAUGUAAAACACAAUGUCCCAUAUGUUCAAGUCACUCGUUCGGUCCUUGUGAGAAGGUACAUGGCAACUGCUCGUGCACUCCUGGUUACCAAGGAUACCUUUGCUUCGAUGACUGUGCGCUGAACCGAUAUAGCUUGCAUUGCAAGGAAGUGUGCGAGUGUUCGGUAAACGAACUUUGCCAUCACAUCAACGGAAUGUGUUUGGAUCUGUCCAGAGGAAAAUUCAGCUUAAUCGUACAGGAAAGCGUGGACGAGCUUGACCUACUUGCAAGGAAGAGAGACAUUAAGAGAGGGUUGGAAAAACUAAUGGAACUUUACUAUGAUAAAACUGAAGAUAAUGGAAAGUGGGGAACAAAAGUUCGUCGCAGUUUACAGGAUAGCGACAACGCAACUUCCCACAGCACGGAUGAACCCUCAGAUCAGUCCUCCAACCCUGAAAGCAGUGACGGUCUUGAGAACAAGGAAGUCAAGCAUGUGUUCAUGGUCCGCCUGCUGGAGCUACAGCCAGUACUGACAGAAAAACAGGAAAAUGCCACAAGAGUCGUUUGUGUUCUCCUCGAUAACUUUACUGUGGUGAAUGGACAUUUUGUGGAUGAAGUCCUAUCCAAGGUACCAAGUGAGGAUGUUUCGUCAACUCUUCUAGUCGAGUACUACACUGGCAAACUGUACAGGGAAAGGCCUGGGUCUACCAUGGCGGUACAUCUUCCGCUUAUCAUUGGUGUCUCUGUAGGUAAGUGGGGUAACUUACCUGGGUGACAGAGACUAAGUGACUGACUAAUUGACAGGUUGACUGGCUGAUUCACUGAUGAACUACCUGACUGACUGUCCGGCCGGCUACUGAGUAACUGGCUGAGUGGCUAAAUGAAUUGCCAAUUUGCUUAAUGAUUGGCUAAUUGACUGACACUGACUGUUUGGCGGAUUGAGUGAUGGACUGACUGACUGGCUUAAUGACAAUUACUGACUGACUAGCUCAUUGACUUGCGUAAUAACUGACUCAGUUAGUAGCUCAAUGACUGACUCAACAACUGACUGACUCAUUGACUAACUCUGUGAACACCAACCGACUCUGAUGGAUGGACUGACUGACUGGCCCAGUGAUUGGCUUAAUGGCUGACUCAAUUUCUGAUUCGUUGACUAACUACUGACUCGCUGUCUGACGUACUGUCUGACGCACUGAGUGACUUACUCACUGACUGACUGACUGGCCCAAUGCCUGACUUAAUGACUAACUGAAAAUCAUGUUUGCCCAUUUUCAGGCUUCUUCCUGAUAGUAGUUAUCCUCGCCUUGUUUGCGCUCAUACGUCGGAGAUACAAGCAAAAGUGUGGAUUUUCCAGCUACAAGAGAACCACGAAAGACCAAAGCGAAUUUGAGCUUCAGCCUUGGAUUGGUCGAAGUACAGGCUACUUGCUGGCUUUCGACAACCCUUACUAUGACGUUCUUGCUGCUAUGGGUUUAGACGAUGACGUGGAGGAAGAUUAUUACAAUCCCCUUUACGAUGAUGUCAGUGUAUACAGUGACAGCGGUGAGAACACAAGUGAAGACAGUUGUCAUAAAGACCUUAGCUCCAUGGUGAUAAGAUAGGUAGUGUAAACCUUACGUUUCACACCGAGAAGGGAAAGUGGUCCUACAUAGUGGCCAAGUCCCUGCGACGUUGAGUUAAGUUUCGCUGCUCAGCUUUGCUGGCACCACUUACAACAGGGUAUUAAACUUGCUAAAAAUGGAAGGCCAGAGUUUCAGGCCAGGUUAAAAAAGGCCUAAAGAGCUGCCACAAUACAAAUAUUAGAAAGCCGGAAAAUAUACGGGCUUAAAACGUUAAGAGAAUAUUUGUUAAAGUUAGUCGAUUAUUUUUCUAAGUUUACGGAGUUAAUUUACAUUUUAUAUUCAUAAGUAGUAAAUUUAUUAGUUAUUUUUGGAUACCUCGAUGAGGCCUCGAAACAAAGAGGUUCAGUAUCUUCACGCAAAGGCACUGUACUCGUGUUCUUAGUUUUCGGUCCGGCUUAAAUGUUCUCAUAAAUUUUCUAUGCUUGUCAUGGAACGGAGAAUCUUGUUAAUAGUGCUUGAGAGAAAAAAGGCCAGCAUGGUACUUAGUUAGGCAAUACUGAAGAAAAUGUUAUCUUUGUUUAUUAUUUGGACACUUCCAAAAGCCUUACUGUUUUGUUUAAAAAGGAUAUAUAUUAAGUAUGGUUAAAAAUCGACUUAUUUAUAUUAUAAGUGAGUUUGUAUCUAAUCAUUGUUCAAAACUCGUAAUUACCAUUAAAGAUAAGGAAACUUGAUUGUGUUGAUACCUUGGAUUGUAAAUGUCACGUACAAAACCAAAGCCUAUGUCAAACCCAAACGGUGAGAACUGACCGAAUCAUCCUCGUUCCUUUGGUUUUCCUUCGACAAUUGGGAAAGGGCACGAUCCUGCCUUCGUCCCAAAUACCCGCGAAUACGCC